CCUACUAUAUGUAUACAACACAACGCUACAACUGCAACGGCGGCCGUGUAGUAUAAUACAACGACAUACGUGCAUGUAUGAGGCCCGACAGUGUACACCGAAAGGCACACGAAACUACCGCCGACUUCGUGUUCGGCCGCCGCCGCCGACUAAGCAUGUGUUGUGAGUAGUAGUUUUGUGAGUGUGUGCGAACAACCGACGGAAUUCCGAUCUCUCUCUCAUACGUACCGCCGGCCGCCCGACCGACAGGACGCGUUUGCCGGUCGUCUCGCCUGAAAUUACCCGAAGUGCGCGCGUGUGGUUUUAUUAUUGUUUUUUUCGCGUACAGUUUGUAAAAUAAAAAAUAAAAAAUCGCUUUUGUUUUUUCAAAACGUCCGCUGGGAUAAUACAUACACUUGCACACCACAUCGGAUAUUACCCGUCAUAGCUGUUGGUCUGCGUUUAUGUCACGUCCGUCCGAGGUACUAUGUGACAUUGGAUUGGAAGCGUGCUGAGCGAACUGAGUCUGCCGACAUGUUGAUGCGCCAUGUCAUCAAGGCAUGGUCGCGCUAAACAAUACGGUCCGGAACCGGGCGCUUACCCCAAGUUACCGCCGCCGCACGGCAACAACACUUACAAUGGACGUACGUUGCAAUCGCAACAUCAUCAGCUGCAGCAACAGCAGCAGCAGCAGCAGCAGCAGCAACAACAACAACACCAACAGCAGCAGCAAUCGUACCACCUGCAGCAGCACAACGCUCAUCACCAGCAGUACUCGGGCAUGCAACUACCCAACGUUCACGGUACCAUGCCGCGUAUGCAGAAUCACCACCACCACUCCUUGCCCAGGAACGCUUGGAGCGUGGAUAGACACUCGCCGGGGUCGUCGACGAAUAGUUCCAACGAAAAGGGUUUCCCUGGCAAUCACCACCGCCAGCAACAGCAGUACCGCCGGUCCAAGCACAGGGUGUACGGCAGCCAACGGCAAAUCGCCAAGACCCGCAGUCACAAAGGGGGCGCCAGCACGUCCGACCCGGACGCUCUGUCGUCGGUGACCACGGCCGGUAACAAGUUCAGUCAACAUCCUAUGGCCGGUUGGUCCGAACCGCCGCCGCCCAAUCACUUUAUUCUGCAACAGCCCACGGCGCCCAUCGUACCGUCACCGCCGCCGCCUCCGCAGUCCGCUGCUUUGCCUCCUCAGUUCGUACCUCCGUUGCCGCCUCAGAACUCAGCUUCGUUGACCGCCACCUGUCCCGCCGCCGUCCGGCAUCAGCCGUCAGUCGCGCCCGCCAUGGUCCUAAGGCAUCAGCCUACGGCCAUCAUGCCCGCUUGCGACGUUGCCGUUGACGCUUGCGGUGGUCGGUGUCCGAGGUUCGAGAAUUUCUGUCAUUUUUGUCUAUUGAUAUUUUAUUUUUCGGGCAUUACCGUCGGUUUUAUGUUGAUCAUGUCGGCCAUAGUGUCGACCAGAGAUCCGCGGUUCCUAUACAUUGGCUGUCUCGUGUUACCCGUGAGCGCGUUCCUGUUGGCCGUCCAGUGUAGGGUGAGGCAAGACGCCGACCGACGGAAACGGCACCGGCAGCUCAACGGUCGUCAUAGGACUAUGGGCGCCAGUGCUGUUUUGGUGAACUCGUCUCAGCCGGCGACCACUCCGUCCGAAACGAUACCCCUUCAGAACAUGAUGAUCGUCGACGGUGGCACCGACACGUUGAGGAGGCAAUACCAAGGACACGUUUAUCAGUAUGUCGGCCAAAGGGACAACGAGUCCGCCUACACCAACCAAUACGACUCGGCCAGCGUGCAACAACAAAUCGACGGCGUGCCGUGGUGGAGACGAGAAGACAACAGGGUGUUCCACAACAACCGUGCACCCCACCCUUAAAAGGCUUCCGUUUCGCAGGCCAUGCUAUCAACACGAAAAUGGGCCAUCGUUAAAUAUCGACCCAUCUGCUGUACAAAACAAAUUAUUUUCCACGCUAUAACGAUUGUACAUAUAAAUAUUUAUAAACUUGUUUUUUUUUUUGUAACUAAUUUGUUUCGUAAACGUUACACGUUUCAACUGUUGAAUAUACUAUUUUGACAAACCAAA